CAAGGUAUUUUUAUGUUCAAAGGCUUUUCUUUCUAUACCCAAAGGAAGCUCAAGUGACUUUUCACAUGAAACAACUUGUAGAGUGACACUUAGUUACUCUAUUGGCAUGUCUACAUGAGACGUUUAUGGCAUAGUAGACUAAUUAACUGCACAGUAAAUGUUUCAUGUCUACACGUGCCGCCUAUUAUAUUAAAGUAAACUAAUUUACUCUGCAGCAGCGCACAUGUAGACACUGCCUUGGGUGGUGGGGCAUCUGCUCCUGGUCAGCCAUCCACCAGGAGGUGGAAGAUGGCUCCUUGCCCCUGGGAGCUGCCUGUUGCCAGGGUGGGCUCCACCACAGGAGCCUGUGCUGAAGCUAUUUCCCCCUGUCCCAGAAGCAGGGAGCUCCAAGCCCCCUGCUCCUAGAUUGUGAUCAGGGAGCAGGGGCUGGGAGACCCUUAUCUGCCAGCGGCAGCUCUGCAACUGUGGGUCCUCUAAUGGUAGAUGCUUAUCUCCCAACCUAAGCCCCACAGUUGUGGGGUUUGGGCUGGGAGAGCUGCAACUGCGGGGCUCAGGCUGGGAGAUAAACAUCUCCCAGAAGCAGCCCCACAGUCAUUGAGCUGCUGCUGGGAGAUAAGGAUCUCCAAGCCCCAUGACUACAGGGCUCAAGCUAGGAGAUAAGGGUCUCCCAGCCUGAGCUCCAUGACAUGGAGCCAGUUCCCCAAGUGUAGAUCUGGGGAGGAACAGGCUGGGGAGCUUCUUCCUCCCCCAGCUCCAAUCUCAUGGAGCUUACCGGGGGCAUUUACACAUGCAUUUACUCCGGCCCAAAUUUACUCUGGUGUAAGGUACUGUGAAGUAAGGGGUUUUCAGCAGGCAUCUACACAUGCAGAGAUUAGGGAGAAAAUGUGCACCCAAUUCCCUGCAGCCCUGCAAUGGGCCCCUUCCACCACCAGGGCAAGCUCCAAACUCCCCCUGGGUGCUAGUCCAGAGGCUGGCAUGGGUAUGGGGCAUGGAAAGAGCUGCAGGGGAGGGGCAGAUCCCAGCCACCUGUCCUGAUCUUCCAGUGGGGCAGCUAGCAGCUGGCUGCCUCACCGGUGGAUCGGGGCAGGGACCUGGGACCUGCCUCUCCCCUGCAGUUCUUUCCAAGCCCUGUGCCUCAAUCACCCAAUCAGGGCAUGUGGCUGACACUUGCACCUGACUGGGACAGUUCGUGGCCAGCCCCAGGCUGCACGGGGAAGUCUGCACAUGCAACCCGGAGCUGGAUGGGGACUGCCCGAUACAGGACAGACCCCAGCCAGCUAUAGGCGGGAUGGAGAACUGCUCCCAUACAGGGAGCUCCCAGCCCCUGCUCUACAAUCGCAAUUGUGUUCAUGGAGCUGGGACUGGGAACAAGCUUCCAGCCUGUUCCCAGCCCCAGCUCCAUGAUUGCAGAGCAGGGGCUGGGAACAAGGUCCCAAGCCUGCUCCAUGAUUGUGAUUGGGGACUGAGAGCUGGAAGCUCCCUGCUGCUGGGGCAGGGGGAUAAUGUCCCCACCCGGGCACCUCUGACAGUUUCUUGCCUCCAAUAUCAGGAAAUCAGUUUUUGUGAAUCCCAUUCACCUGGUGGGUUGUAAAAGAACUGUAAAAUUAAUUUGACCACUAAAAGUCUAAAAGUUUUAGAAAUAAUUCACUAAGCACUGCAUGAACAUACUACAUCAUUUGAUAUAAACCUGAAUGGUCCUUAAAAAUAGGAGUGAACAGUACUGAUACUUCCUUUAAGGUACAGAUAGACACAGCCAAAUACUCUGCAAUUCUUCACAUAACAAAACUAGUCUUUCAACAUUUAGAUAAUAUUAAGGAAACCUAGAGCAGAAAUGAGUUUCAGAUGUAGUAGGUCCAUACACAUCAAAAUGUUGCCAGGUCCACUGUGCAUUGACUCUAUGAUUCUUUAGUUUACUAAUGAUAAUAAUUCAUCUUUUUCAUAAACAUCUUGAAAGACAAGUGCUUUAUUUGGAAAGGCAGUUGAGAGCUCUAGAGAGAAGCUUCUCCAAAUACAAAAAAGAAAUGGAUCUUCUUAAAACUCACAUAAGUGAUUUGCAAGCACAACUGAAGGCUCUGAAAGCUCUCAGCAACAAAACCCAAAAAGUUCUAUUCUACCCAAGUGGCAUGAUUAUUGGUGAAAAAAUAUUCAGAACUGAUGGCUCUGAAGGCAACUUUGAAGUUUCACAAGCUGCAUGCUCCAGAUCUGCUGGCCUUUUAGCUUCUCCAAGAAAUUCUGAAGAAAACAGUGCCCUACAACAAAUAGCAGAGAGGCAAAACAAAAGACCAUUCCUAGGAAUAAAUGAUAGGCUGACAGAAGGUACAUUUAUGUACUUAAGUGGUGAAGCAAUACGAUACACGAACUGGAGCACAAGAGAACCAAAUGAUUCUGGAGGAGAGAAGGACUGUGUAGAAGUAUAUUCAGAUGGCAAAUGGAAUGACAAAUCCUGUGAAAAAAAUUGCUUAAUAAUGUGUGAAUAUUAAUCAGUGUGUCCUUGUAAUUAUUAGUUGUUGCUGGUGCAAAUGUACAUGCUGCUUUAUAUUAUCCCAGUCUUAUCAAAUUACAUUAGCCAUUCAUUUUGGCCAUUGUAUUUUAUCAAUGAAGUGAACACUAUUUUAGUAAAAUUUCUCUUAUGUUAAACUAUGUUUCAAUAAACUACUCAUAGAAUACUGAUUUAGGCAUUACACUGAUUGAAAUGGGAGA